GUGAAAUAGUGUUCAACUUCCCGCACGUUGGCGGGAAAAUGAGGAUUGGCGACAACCGCAAGCUGCUGCGAGACUUCUUCCUCAGGCUGCCAUUUUAUGUGGCGUCCGUGCUUCGUCGACUGGGUGCUGGCUCCCGCCUUCAAGUGCUCUACUCGCAUCGCCGCCUGGAUCCCCAUUCAACCCGCUAGACUCGGAGCGCUUCCAUGGAAUGGGCUGGCCAGCUGGAUCUUGUACCGCUAUCAUCGCAGCGCACGAGAGGGGAUAUAAGCAGCGUCCGGUCACGGCUCGCUUUGGGCACGACACCUACGCCGAAAUGGGGCACUUACCGCUGCUGUAUUUACAGGCUGCCAUUUUAUGUGGCGUCCGUGCUUCGUCCACUGGGUGCUGGCUCCUGCCUUCAAGUGCUCUACUCACAUCGCCGCCUGGAUCCCCAUUCAACCCGCUAGACUCGGUGCGCUUCCAUGGAAUGGGCUGGCCAGCUGGAUCUUGUACCGCUAUCAUCGCAGCGCACGAGAGGGAAUAUAAGCAGGGUCCGGUCACGGCUCGCUUUGGGCACGACACCUACGCCGAAAUGUGGCACUUACCGCUGCUGUAUUUACAGGCUGCCAUCUUAUGUGGCGUCCGUGCUUCGUCCACUGGGUGCUGGCUCCUGCCUUCAAGUGCUCUACUCACAUCGCCGCCUGGAUCCCCAUUCAACCCGCUAGUCUCGGUGCGCUUCCAUGGAAUGGGCUGGCCAGCUGGAUCUUGUACCGCUAUCAUCGUAGCGCACGAGAGGGAAUAUAAGCAGGGCUGCCAUUUUAUGUGGCGUCCGUGCUUCGUCCACUGGGUGCUGGCUCCUGCCUUCAAGUGCUCUACUCACAUCGCCGCCUGGAUCCCCAUUCAACCCGCUAGACUCGGUGCGCUUCCAUGGAAUGGGCUGGCCAGCUGGAUCUUGUACCGCUAUCAUCGCAGCGCACGAGAGGGAAUAUAAGCAGGGCUGCCAUUUUAUGUGGCGUCCGUGCUUCGUCCACUGGGUGCUGGCUCCUGCCUUCAAGUGCUCUACUCACAUCGCCGCCUGGAUCCCCAUUCAACCCGCUAGACUCGGUGCGCUUCCAUGGAAUGGGCUGGCCAGCUGGAUCUUGUACCGCUAUCAUCGCAGCGCACGAGAGGGAAUAUAAGCAGGGUCCGGUCACGGCUCGCUUUGGGCACGACACCUACGCCGAAAUGGGGCACUUACCGCUGCUGUAUUUUCAGUGCAGGGCGUGUGCUCCGGCCUGGAUUGCUAGUCCGAGUGACCCUGUGCCGCGGCCAAGGGGGCACACCCGCCGACAGUAAGGUGCGUCGCUGCCCCAGUGACACGUGGCAGGUGGUGGAGAUGGCUGCUCCAGGGGGUUUCAUCCUGCAUCGUGUUGUACCGUUCCGUGCACCAGCCGGAUACACUCCACGUGGGUACAGGGGUGGUACCAAAGGCUUCCACACUGAGGGCGCCCUGACACACGUGUUCUGCCUGGUGGGCAGUGCAGUCUUAGUGCUGCCCAGUGCAUCUUCCUCAUGUGCGGGGCAGAACAUUGUGGCCAGUCGACUCUGGUCUAUGAUGGCUACCGACAAAACCCCACUGGGAAGAACUGUGCACCGUCUGGCUAGUGCGCUUGAACUGGAUCUUGAUAACUUGGUUGCAUCUUGGGCUGCCAAAGACGGUGUCGACGAUGCCGCUGUGGGGGAGACUGCAUGGAGGUGUUACCUGGAGAGAUCGCACGCGUGUUCUCCCGUUCAUCCACCAUUUGGCCACAUUCUCGACAUUGAUGUGAGGGAUCGUUCCGGGAUGAAAGAUGUCCUGCUUGCGCUUCAAGAUAUUUGUGGAGACACUUUGAUGUUUUCUUUCCCAGCUGUGUUUCCGGACAGUGUGAAGAAGAGAAUGGAGCCAGCGGCUGAAGAUGACUGCCACGCAUACUGUGAUGGCCUGCACGUGGCUACAUUUCGAACUCCAGUAAAGUCACCGAGGUCUCCAAUGUCUGCUGGAAGUGUUCCCAAAAAUUUUAUCUCGUCAUUAAAUCUCACAUCUUCCAACUGCAGUUAUGAAGAAAAUAGCUGUUCACUGCAACCCAAUGGGCAUAAUUUGCUGUCAUCUUUAAACUUAGAUAAUUAUAACAUUAUUGAUCUGAUUUUGCCUUGCGAGGUAAGCAUUCACGUUGAACUACUGUCACUUGCAUCCAGUGGCCUCGGUGACUGGCGCCUGCUCCUGCCACGGUCUGCUCCCGACCCCGGCCCAUUAUAUCCGACCGCUUCGUUCACGCAUGAUAUCAGCUUCUGGUUGGGCGAGGGGUUCAAUGAAGAGAACCUCUUGGUGCUAAUUUACGACACAGCGGGUGACUUGCUUCGAAGCAUGGAACUUGUCGAUGAUUACGUGGACGCCAAAACUGGACGCCGCAGUCGAUGCUACAGACUUUGUUACCAGUCCCUGUGGAAAGCCCUGAGCCAAGAAGCUGCGCGAGAUUUUCAUUUGGCACUGGGCGUUGCUGUCAGCCAAGUGCUUCCUGUGGAAGUCAGGUGACUGGAUGAAAUGAAUGUUAUUCACUUGCCACUGUGAUUCCCCGACCGGCUGAAGAGUACAGGCCACAGGUGCACAUGUCUAAGUACUCUACAUUAAAUACUCCACUGACCUCAAAGCUUGUUCGAUACUCUGAACAUUACUUGGACUGGCUUAACAGGACAUGUGUGGCAAAUUGAUUUACUACCAUGUUUUCAGCUGCAUAAGCUAGAUGUGGUUCUCUUACAAAAUUUUCGUCGGUGCGUCUUAUAUGGUGCGAAUAAAAUAUGAAAUGUGCUGAGGGUGGCAGGUGUUAAAUGGCACCACUCGGAGCACGCGUGCUUGCUGACCCAUGCAAGCUCGCUUUCUACGCCCCUAAGGAUGCGCAGAUAUCGCGAAAAAUGUAUAAGAUGUGGUUUUCUUACAAAAUUUUCGUCGGUGCGUCUUACAUGGUGCGAAUAAAGUAUGGAAUGUGCUGAGGGUGGCAGGUGUUUAACGGCACCACUCGAAGCACGCGUGCUUGCUGACGCACGCAAGCUCGCUUUCUACGCGCCUCUGCACGCGCACAUAUCGCGGUCGUAACCUCGAGGCGCGGUACGAUGUUGUGAGAUCGCGCAAGCAUAUCGCUAUCCGAACGCUUGUUUUGACUCCCACGUCACUGCGUAGGUGAUGUUCAAUUUGGGCCUUGCCGUGCUGACAGCCACUGACAAAGGCGUGGCGCCGGCCUACUGGGAGAGAUAAGGAGCUACUGCCCCGAGAUCAGCGGGCGGAUUCUGCUUUCAUCAGCGCCGCAGCCGCCGCUGCUCCUGUAUGCGGAGUGUCUGUGUCAAGUUGCAACUUUGUCGAACGAACGACCUCGCAAGGGUCAGCGAACGCCUGCAACGAAUGUUCUUGAGUGGAAUUUUAACAUAAUGUGAUUUGCGACACAGUGAACUGGGCAAGAAAUUCCCCCCGAUGGUCGACGAGCAUACCGAUGCCACCAUGGAGGAAGGAAAAUGAGGGGCCCUACCCCCUCCGCGCGCUAGGAGAAAGGUGUGGAGAAAGUCACGCGGUAUUUUCUACAACAUAGCUGUAGAUGUCUACCCUGUCAUACAUUUUUCAGUGUCCGUGCCUCAAGGCACGGCCGCUGGAUAAAAAAAGUGUGUCAUCCGCCGCGGCGCUGCCAGUCGGGGACUGUUGUCUCGGAGAGGCAUAGAAAGUGCGUGAGGAACGCGCUUCGAACGCCGUGGAAACCGACGCGUCCCGUCCCCGAGAGCUAGCGCCGUUCGGCCCAGCCCAGCGGCCGAGAAUGAAACUACAGCUGUCACUUUCGCUCCCAUAGCAGCCCGCCUGACGUGGCAGGCCGCACUUUUUUUUUUUAUCCAGCUGCCGUGCUCAAGGCUCCCGUGCCCUCUAUGAGGAGGCGAAACAACCCUGUAAUGCAUGUGCUGACACCUGGCGGGUGAACGCUAAGAAGCCACCCAGACAUAGUUUCAUAUAAUUACUGGAGGGAAUUGCGGCCCUAGUGCCUACGGGAGCUGCAAUCGGGACGGUUCAGCCAGCAUCGGAAUUAUGGCAAGCACAUGGAUUUGCCUAGACUUUGUAAAUGCGUUAUUUUCAACGAAGGGCUGUGUGAUAAAUAACUGAAUAAACAUUAAUAAAAUCA